AUGUCAGAACCCGAGGAAAGUUUGGCAGCUCCGGACAGCACCACGAGAGAACAGCGAGUUGGUUUCUCCCAUGGAGAUGAUGUUCUUGAACACAAAGAUGGCAAAUACUACCUUGGCACAGUGGUGGAGGUGGAUAUGGCAGGGGAAAGAUGUCUUGUCAAUUUCAUGGACAAUACACAUUCCUGGACCUCGUUUAAAGAGCUGACAAAAUUGGCUAUGCCAGACUCGGAUGUUAUGUGUGUUCUUUGCAAAAAAUCUCAGCCUAAGACUGACAAUGACAUUAUUGUUUGCGACAAGUGUGGUCGUGGCUAUCAUCAAAUGUGUCAUCAGCCUCAGAUACCAAAACAAGAGACAAGCACAGACACCCACUGGAUGUGUAAAAGAUGCACAGAUAAUCAGCCACGGAUGCGUGAACCUUGCGAAUCAAAAACUUCCAUGGUUAAAGUAAAUAUCAGAAAAGUUUGCAGCGGUAGGGACCAACCUGAACCACCACCGGAUGACAUGACAAAGCUGCCGUAUGAUCCUAAUAUGUUACAUUGGGAUGCACAUCACAGAGUAAACGCCGAACAAAUUUAUUGUUAUUGUGGUCUUAAUGGCGAAUGGUACGCACAAAUGUUACAAUGUGCUCGUUGUAAACAAUGGUUUCACGAAAAAUGUCUCAGAUGCUUGAAUUACCCCUUGUAUAGCGGUGAUAGGUUUUAUGUAUUUGUUUGUUCAAUGUGCAAUAACGGGAAGGAAUUUGUUCGGCGUUUGGAAAUGAAAUGGGUAGAUCUGGUGCACCUGAUGUUGUACAAUCUGACUGUUUAUAAUGCUAAAAAGUAUUACGACUUGGACACCGUUAUUGUACCUUAUGCAAAUGAUAAUUGGUACACCUUGCAACUUCCACAACGGAUCAGAGAUGUUACUGGUCAAGUACGCAGAGAAUCUAUAUUGGCGAUAUUGACAAACAAUAGGAGUAGGUUCAAGUGUGGUAGAGAGAUAAAGAAGCGUACUACAAUAUGGGGCCUCCGUGUCAGACUGCCACCACCUUGUCCAAUCGUCAAUCUUCCAGAAUCCGGCGAUAUAGAUGAUAAUGUGUUACGCAGUUGUUGGGGUGCUAAUAAAAGACUGCAAUAUCUUCCUCCACAAAUAGGACCUGUGAGUUUGCCAGAAAGUACAAAACAAUUGAUUGCAUUGAAGCAGAGUACAGCUGAAAAUGUAGAAAUUUCUGUAAAUCCGUCAGAUCUAGUAAUGCGGGGAACAAUUUAUCAGAAUUCGGAAGCGGAACAAAGUUCAUGUCCAAGUCCAAAUCCAACCAGUCAAUCUACACAGUCCUUAAGGGAGAGGUAUAGCGGAGGCGGUUUUGUUAAGAAAUCAUUCCCAUUCCCCAAGUUAAGCCUGCAAAGAAGACGUCGUUUAAUGGCAUUAGGUAGUACAAGGGAAAGAAUGUUACGUAAACAUAAAAAGAGGGAGAAAGAUAAAGAUGCUGCCAUGGGAAAAUCGCAAGGAGUGCGGGAAGCAAGAUAUAGGAAAGCAAGGAAAUUAUUGAAGAACGCCAUUGCUAAGAGCAAGUCACGGAAUUCAGAAACAUCCGAUUUACCUCCGACACCUCCAACUUCCGUUUCCGGGCCACCGACACCACCAGCUACAACGUCAGGUAUGUCGGAGCUGUCCGUGCCCAGUUCCGUGGAUCUGAUGCAUCCUAUGCCGCCUUCAACACCUGCCGAUACGAGCGGAGACGAAACCAGUUCCAGAGGAACUCUCGACUCCUUCAUCCCGCCACCUAAGGACUUUGAGGGAAAAAAUAAUCCGUUCCGAAAUCUUGGCGAUAUAGUGGGUACAUCCAUGGGUAGCCUGAAUCAAGCGAAUUCGAGUACGCCGCUACCUUACAACCAGUGCCCCAUCACCUUGCCUCUACCAUUGACGCCUGUGAUCCCGCAACCGCCGGUGGUAGCCAAAAGGCAGCUAUCGGAAAAGGAUAUUAUCGUCGACAGGAACGGACAGGUGAAACGCAGGAGGCAACAUCGACGAGGACGUCCACCCCAGCAGCAGAUACAACAGCAAUUCCAACAAACCGCCAGCAAGACGGCGACUAUUCUGCCAGCUCGUAAUAAUGAAGUUAAAAGUGAAUUCGUCAGGAAUUUAAGAAGUUCAUUUAAUGGUGCCUCGAGCAGUGCAAGUAGUCAAAUUGGAAACUGUGUCGAUUAUGCCUUAAACGGUAGGAGGUUGAGACAACGGCAGAAUAACGAGAAAUUACCUCCUCCCGACCCGCAGCCGCAACGGAAGGGCAGCAUGCCAUCGUCGCCAAAGUGUUCUCCAGUGAAGCAAAGUGCGCCUGACAUAUCUCUGAAUGAGCUGAAGUCGUCAGUGAAUAUUUACUUCGGUGCGGCUAAUAGAAUAGCCGCUGGUGAAAAGUUCGUCAUCAAAGCGAAGAGGAUAAGGCCAGACGGUCAGACACAAUACCUCAUCGAAUGGGAGGGACUCAAUACUUAACGACAUUUGCAGUAGUCGACGUUAGAGUGUCAAAUCAAAAGGAGCUUAUUAGAAGGAAUUAAUUAACGCCCGGUUUCUCCGUCUACGAUGAAUUAUCGACAUUCACUUCUCUGCGCUUGAGAUUUCUUUUGUACUUCAUGAUUAUGCAAGCUCACUCAUUGCGACGUAUUGUUAACGGGGAAACUAGCAUGAGGUAUAUGCAGAUUCGCGUUUCUUACUCGCCUGUUACAAUUUUCGUGGGAUACGAAGUUUUAGCCUAUAAUCGGAAUUAUGCAACUAACGUAACAAUAUUUUGCGAUGACAAUAUUUUUAAUACACCUUGAUCAACUCGUAAAGUUGUUUGAGUUCACUGGAGAAGAGCGAAUCGCUGGGUAAAUUAUACUUAUGUUUUAAGUAGAGUUUCGUGCAAGUUUCCCAGUCUUUUAAAAUGACGAAAAUCUAUCGGCGAUAGAUAAUCUAUCGUGUUUGAAUCGACUUGUUUAAAAUAAGUAUUCAUCGUCGCUAUUUAUUUAAACUCCUAAGUGCAACGGCAUAUUUGCAUUUUAAUUUCGCGGAAGAGGCUCAAAAGGCAAUCUGAGGCCACUGUGGUAUGAGACACACACGAUAAAUUCUUUUACAAUCCUCGUUAUACUUUUAACUUGCAGAUUUUAAACGGAUAUCGACAAAAACUUUACAAAAAUAUCUUCCUUUCGCCGUAAAAGAUAUUUAGUGAGUAGUUUUGAUAAAAUUUGUACAAUAACAUGUUUCGUAGCGCUUUCUUUCGGCUAUGAGAAGAAUUUGUAUUUGGUACGAAUAUUUCUUCCAUCAUUCGUAAUGUAUUCAUUAUCGACGUUGUUUAACACUUCGACUGCCAUGACGCAUUCGAGCGUGAGCUCCAAUCGGGCUCCCAAAUUCUUCGUGCCACCGCGUGCAACUAUGUAAUAUACAGAGUCAGAUUACUUAAAAAAAAGUUACACCGAUGAAUGGAUAGUUGCAUGCAAUAAGAGAUACAAUGAUUGGCAAAGUUUCGGAAUGCUUUCAUUUCUUAAUCUAUCUCCCGAUGCAAAAUUGAUACUUGAAGAACUCGUUCUUGUUGCAAAAAAGAUAAGUACGAUGCUACGUUAUAUUGAGAAUUACAUUGAGAAAAAAUACAUAUCCUGUUCAAAAUAAAUGAACAAGCGAAGUAGCAAAAAUCAUAGCGAUUGGUACUCCUGUCGUCCUGUUGGGACAAAAAUAGGAAUUAUAUAAAUAUAAAGGUAUUCAUCAUGUUUUUUUUUUUCCAUGACCGGGUUGCAUUUUCCACACGCACAUAUCGGCAUAUCGUCAGCCCGUGAUCGCGGUCUAAUGAGUUAAUCAACGUUGCGACUUUUCCAGUUGUUCUCCGACAGAUCACUCACUUCUUUGCUUUCGAUAGCAGCGUCCGAUGAUGUGCAACAGCUCGUCUGUUUUGCGCUUGAAUGCAAAUGCGAUGUACAAAUCACAAUACCUCUGUCAAUCAUUGUAUCAAUUGCUCUCACCCUACUAUCCGUAUUUAAUGUCUAACGCGACAUUAUAGUAGCUUCCUGUCGAGUAAUUUUCUUCGGACGAAACGUCACCGCAGUAGAUUGCAUCGGCGAAUCGCUUGUCGUUGCUGAGCAGCGAUGGUGUUUAAUAGCGUACAAAAGUACAAAUUUCAUUUAUUAUUUGUUACUUUACAUUAACGUAGGUACGACAAGUUUUACAAUGUGAGAUAACCGUUUCACCGUUACUUAAUUUAUUGGUCGGUUGUUCGAUGACAAUUUUCUUGUUUGUUCAUUACACUGUUAUUACUCGUUACGGUAGAACGUUUAGCUCAAUCGUUGUAAAAAAGUCGAUACUCCUCCGAUAUAAAAAAUGACAUGGAGAUUGUUUUAUUUGAAAGAGCACGUUCAUAAAGACGAACUUAAAUAAUAUGAUUAAAUAUUUAUAUUAUCAAUGACUGAUAGACAGAUGAGGCAAUGACUUUUAUUGAAUUUACCUUCUUGAAUGUCUUCGACGAGAUAUGAAAGUAAUUUCAUCUUGUGUAUGAUGAAUAAUAAUUUAAUUACAUUACUCGGAUUAUUUACAAAUAAUACAAUGAGUAUCAAAAGUGAUAAGAAAUAAAUAAUAAAUGAAUGAAAUAAGUCAUUUCUGAGUGAUUACAACUGUCAUCUGUGAUGACGGAUGAAGGGAUCACUGCGGAUACUCACAUGUCACACAAGCAUCAGCACGAUGGCAGUCAAAGUGUUGAAGAAUUUUUAUUGUACGUAAAUUAAUAUAUGCGUUUCCAUGUGUAAUUUUAGCAAACUUUAGGAAAAUCUUUGAUCCAUACCACAGCGCAUUUUAUAGAGAUAUUUCUUUCUCUCCAACGUAGAUAAUAUUUGAUGAAAACAAGAAAUGGACACUGCCAAAUUUCUAAGUUAUAUUUAAUAAAAAAAAAAAUUAGAUAAUUCUGCGCUAUGAUGAUAGUUACGUUUAAUUAAACGACAUUUUUCAAUUCGCGCUUAUCGUCGCUCGUCAUACUUCCAUACUUCUAUACAUGGCGAAUGCCAAGCGAAAGACUCGAGAGACUACUAAAUUUCGUGAAGAAGUGUUGCUAGCUUGCGACGAAAUCUCACAACGAAUCAUACGUGCAUGCACACGCGUUUUGCUGUGAACAUAAAAAAUAAACUAAUGAUACUCUAGUAGAGGAACAAGAGAGAUUCCAAUCGAAAUUCAAGGCAGCCACGAUGUCACGUGACGUCACGGGAACAUUCUGGAAUAUUUUCAACAUUUCAGAAUGUCUUGUAACGUUAUGCGCUCACAGUCGUUAUCUUGAAGUUGGAUUAAAAUCCUACUUGUUCCUCUAUUUGCUCCAAAUUUGUUGCAGUGAAAUUUCAUUCAGAAAGUGGACUGACAGCCGAGUCAAUUGAAGUCGAGUGACUUUUGUUUAUAUAAAGUGAAACGUCAAAUGAAUAUUUUCAUCCGAAGUUAAAAAGCACAUUUGAUGCACUCCUUCGUCACAACGACGACUUCACACAAUAUCAGAUUGUUCUUCCUGAACAAGUGAAUAUUCACGAAACGGCGGAAAACAUUGACAAGAAAAACAAAAGCUCAAACAUUUUUCCACUUUGCAAAAUCUCAAGUAUCAAAUUCACUUCAAUCGAUUGAGACGUUCACAUUAGAACCUACUCGAAACUUCAAUAAAAUGUUCAGUCUUACGAUUCCAAGAGGUAGUACUUUUACUAUCUGUUCGAGUCGAUUUUCACUUGAGCGAGAUUUCACUCCAAGAAAUUUAGAGAAUAGACAAAAUUUUCCACAAUCGAUGUAAGAGGUGACGCAGGGGAGAAGUGCAAAAUCUCAUUCGGUUUGCAUUCAUUUUAGAAAAACCUGACAAAUCAGGAUUCUGAUUGAUGCAAUAGACUUCAUGAAAUUAAUCUGAAGUACGAAGCGGGGAAAAAAUGUUCUGUGAUUAUAAAUUAUUCGAUUUUUAUCUUCUGGAUUAAAAUUGGUUGAAAAAAAUGUUCAAAAUAUACUCGCUUUCGCAACUCGAGCUUUUUUUUAUUCUAUAGGUCCAUUCUUUUGAUCUGAUCCGAUAAAACGGUGAAAUAAUAAUGGAAUAUUUUUUUUUGCUAAUAUCGGCGAAAUUUCCGAAAACAUCCGAAAACAUGUUCCGAUUUAGUUCAAACCUUGUAAAUAGGCUCUUUUUAGAUAAAAAAUAAAUAUCUCAAAAGAAUAUCUGGUGACUCGAAUGUUAAACUAGUUUUUUAAAUAAUUAUACAUAUUAAGGAACACACCUCGCCGAUGACCUUGAGUUUGAUUUACAAAAUGGGCAAAAUAAAGCGUUGCGAAUUUUUAUCUUCAAGAAUAUUGUUCCUAGAGAAAAGUGUUUUAAACAAAAACUGCAGCAUCUGAAGAGAAAUAUAAGUUGAUGCUAUAGAA